GUCUCCUUUGAAUCUCAUCAGGGUUCACUCCAUUAGACAAAAGUGCUACCUACAAAUCCCUUUGAGUACCCUGGAUUUGAUAUUUGCUUGGAAAGUAUUAGUAUUUCUUAGUUUUACACCCUUUGCAAUCAGACGAAGCUGAGAACUUUAAAAAUCAUCCAAGUAGUCAAGGUCCGUCCUUUUUGUGUUUCGUCUUGCUUAUCUCAUUUAUUUUACUAUAAACAAACAAACAAAAAAUGGACAGAAGGGAGAGACUUUCAUGGGUGUUGGACAUGUCCUACCAGUUGGUAUGGAUAGAAUAUGCAUGGUUGUAUGGAUGUGUACAAAGUCAUCAAUGUGCACAUUUAAAAUAUAUGCACUGUAUUGUAUUCCUGCUACACCUUCGCUAAAAAAAAAAAAAAGUUGAAUGUGAGCGCGGGCGUGAGAAAACCGCAGCGCGCAUGCGUGAGCGUGAACGCGCUGAGAGGCCGGAAACAAAGGUGGGUGCGCGUGCACAGACGCGCUCGCUGGCCGCCGGAAGCAAAGGCGAGAGCGCGCGUGCGUGCGUGUGCGUGAGCGCGAGCGCGCGGAGGUCGGAAGCGGGCGCUGUACAGCCAGGCGGUCGCGGGCUAUGGAGGGUAGCUCCUCAGAUAGCGGAGCGCCGCCCGAGGGGCUGGCGGAAGAGGCCGAACCUCAGGGCGCCGCCUGGAGCGGGGACAGUGGCACUGUGUCCCAGAGCCACAGCAGUGCCUCGGGGCCGUGGGAGGAUGAGGGCGCGGAGGACGGUGCGCCGGGCCGCGACCUGCCGCUGCUUCGCCGCGCCGCUGCGGGCUAUGCCGCCUGCCUGCUGCCCGGGGCCGGGGCGCGGCCCGAGGUCGAGGCCCUGGACGCGAGCCUGGAAGACCUGCUCACCAGAGUGGACGAGUUCGUGGGCAUGCUGGACAUGCUUCGCGGCGACUCGUCCCAGGUCGUCAGCGAGGGCGUGCCGCGCAUCCACGCGAAGGCCGCCGAGAUGCGGCACAUCUACAGCAGGAUCGACCGGCUGGAGGCCUUCGUGAGGAUGGUGGGCGGCCGCGUGGCCAGGAUGGAGGAGCAGGUCACCAAGGCCGAGGCCGAGCUGGGCGCCUUCCCCAGGGCGUUCAGUAAGCUCCUGCACACGUUGAACGUGCCCUCGCUCUUUAGCAAGUCUGCUCCCUCGAGGCCACAGCAAGCCGGCUACGAAGCCCCCGUCCUGUUUCGGACCGAAGACUACUUCCCUUGUUGUGGUGAAAGGCCUCAGCUCUGACGGCCUGACCACUGCGGCAAGAGGACCCCAGCUGAGGUGCUUACCUCCAGUAUGAAGUGAAUUGCAAAUCCUGCUCGUGGACAUACAUGAUGUUGGAGUGUGGGAUUUCAAGGUUUACUUUCUGCACACUCUCCAUAGUGUAUUCAUGAUUCAGUGUAGAAUGUAUAGACUUUAUGCCUUCCAAUUUUUAAAAAAGAGACGGGGUCUUGCUAUGUUGCCCAGACUGGAAACUGCUGGACUCAAGUGAUCCUUCCACCUCAGCCUCCCCAGUAGCUGGGACUACAGGGUCGCCACCGCGCCCAGCCUGUGUCUUCCAGCUCCAAUCAGAAAGCUGCUUGGCGAGGGCAUGGGGAAUCAAACUGAAUGAACUUGGCUCUGCACUGUGGCAAAACUGUUAUUUUUAUGGAUUUUACUACACGGUGUUACCUUUUCAAGAUUUAUAUGUUUGUAUAAUCAUAAGAAAAUUGAGCCAUUAAAGCCUUGUUGUUAUUCAAUCCUA